AUGGCCACAACAACCCUCGAAGUCCCUGAUUUUUAUCCGACCGUCCAGUCUUCUUCCAAGGGAAACUUUAGGUCCUUCGAGGCCCAUAUUCCAGCUCUGACUGCACAGUGCCAUGCAUCAAAUCUCUUGCUUCUCCCAAAUGGUGAUCUUCUCUGUGCUUGGUUCGGAGGUAGCAUUGAAGGGCGACCCGAUAUUUGCAUUUAUAUGUCUUCUUUGCUCGCUGGAACUAAAACCUGGAGCGAUCCGAUAAAGAUGACGCAUGAUCCGACUCGCAGUGAGCAAAAUCCUGUGCUCUUCCGAGUUCCCUCAACUGGAGAAAUCCGGCUACUAUACACCUCCCAAGACGCAGGAAACCAGGAUUCCGCGGUGGUGAAGCAGAAGCGCUCAAUUGAUAAUGGCGUGACUUGGUCUAAUCCAACCGUUCUGUUCAAGGAGCCAGGAACAUUCAUUCGGCAGCCAAUAGUUGUGCUCGAUGAUGGCACCUGGGUGGUUCCGAUCUUCAAAUGUCGCGCCGAGCCCGGUGAGAAGUGGCUAGGAAGCGAUGACAUUUCCUGUAUAUGCAUAUCUAAGAAUGAGGGAAAGACUUGGGUUGAAAAAGAGAUCCCCAACAGCUUUGGUUGUGUUCAUCUGAAUAUAAGACGCCUAAAGAGUGGUUCUUAUCUAGGGCUUUACCGGAGCCGUUGGGCAGACAAGAUUUACCUAUCAACAUCCCCCGAUGGUAUUAUCUGGAGUGAACCCAGCCCAACAAUUCUACCAAAUCCGAAUGCGGGAAUAUGCUUUGAUAUUCUACCCUCCGGGCGUAUUGUUCUCGUCUUUAAUAACUCCUCAAAGAAAGAUGCGAUCGGUCGGCGUGAUGGUCUGUAUGAUGAUAUCAGUGAUGGUACAGACACGAGAACCAACCAAGCCAGCAAGCACGGAAAAGAAGCCUUUUGGGGUGCACCAAGAGCACCUUUAUCUGUCGCCUGGAGUGACAAUGACAGUGCUUCAUGGAAGUGGAGGACAUUGGAGGAAGGUGAUGGGUACUGUUUAACGAACAAUAGCGAGAGAAAGUUGAAUCGUGAAUUAUCCUACCCUAGCAUUGUCAUUGGAAACGAUGGGACGAUUCACAUUGCCUUCACUUUUUGGAGACAACGGAUCAAGUAUGUCCAAUUACAGGAAGACUUUUUUAAAUGA